AGUUCAGUUCAAGUUAGCAACAGGGGUCGUUUUGUAAAAGUAGGUGCAAGUCCGAUGAAUUGCUGAAUUAAAAUCCCGAUCAAAUUAAGGUAGGGUAAGGUCAAGGUAAGGUAGGGUAAGAACUAAGGAGUGCAUAACUGCAUACUCACCAGUAGCCCCUGUCAGAUGGUCCCCAUGCAGACGCUCAUGAUCCUCACCCAGAAAAGGUUGAAAACGCUUCAAUUAAUCAGAUUUCUUACGUGAGUCUUGAAAUGAAAUGCAUAGGGCUUAUAACAGCCACCAAUUGUAGCUAAGUAGGUACUGGUGAUUCACAUAAGCCGUGUGGCCGAAAAUAAAUGAAAUCUACAGGAAACGCUUUCGUGUUACAUGCAAUUGCCAAGUACCAUAUUAAACAGCCAAAUCUGAAGUUUUGAUCUAUGUAUAGCAUCAGUCACAUACACUUUUCCUUUGACUCUCACACCCCUUUUAGACAAGAAGCUCAAAACGACCACCUCGGCGAUGGAUGCACUCCAGCACCAGAGCAUAAAGUUGCCAAUGGCGUGGAUGCACCACAUUUCUAAGGGAAUGGAACCAAAGAAGCUUGCAAUGGCGUCCUUCAGCCGCAGAAUAUCCGGUCACCAGCGGGCACCUGCCAAGCGAGUCACCAGGAAACAGUCAGUUCACAAUGGAGGACCUGGGCCAGACACAAGCUCUGGUUCGCAAGAGGCGGGACUUUUUUGAUGCAGCCGAAGCGUGUUCGGGCAAAUACGGCGAUGACAAGACCGAGUGUCUGUGUGAGCACGGCGAGGACUUCUGGUGCGACCACUGGGAGAGCAGCGCUGAUUUCAGCGAACUCGCGAUGGUCGUCUCGGCCGUCAUUGUCUUUUUGCUGUUUCUCUCCUGCCUGAUCUGCAUCUGCCGCCGCCGGCGGCGCGGCUUUGUCUUCCGCUCGCCGUCCGGCAGGACGGUUACUACGACCACAGCUGUGGUUCAGCCGCCCCUCCAGUCGCACGGACCAGCCGCCUCGCACGUGCCAGGCACUUCCUUCUCCAGCCCGUCGCAGAUGUGGCUCCCGCCGGGGGAGGGCGGCUUCCCCCAGCCGCCAGCGGGCUACUCGCAACCGUCUACGGGAUACCAGCAGCCUCAAGGCGGAUACCCACAGCAACAGGGCAGCUACCCGCCCCAGGGCGGUUACCCACAGCAGCAGGGAGCCUACCCACAGCAGCAGGGAGGCUACCCACCCCAGGGCGGUCACUCACCCCAGGUCGGUUUCGCUCACGCGCCGCCCCCCUCAGGCGGAGCUGACCUGCCUCCACCGUACGACGCUGUCACCGGCCGCCAGCCGCCCUUCAACCCCAACUUCCAGGAAGGCGGCGACACGAAGCGGCCGAUGUAGACGGCUGACCGUCGCUCUGUUGGCAGGGUCUGCCCCUCCCACCCCCAAAUACUACCUACUCAGUCGGACCGGGGCGGGGACGGUGGCCGGCGAUACUGUCGUAUCUGUGAGCAGAGGACUCGUGCAGCCUGCUGUGGCUGGUUAUUGUGUGCGAUCUGCCAGAGCUAUGCUUGUGCGGUGCACAGCUCGCAGCGGUCUGAAAAUCGGACUCCUCUUCUCUGGGAGUAAAUUGUGUCUGUAGAAUGUAUUGCGCUUUCAAAAGAAUCCUCAAUAUCUUCGUGUGCUGAGCAAGCAACGUUACCAAGCCUACUCACGAAGUGUCUGGCGAACCCGUCAGAUGCGCGCUUCCACUGCAGUUAUAGGUUUAUUGUACUGCGUUCCUGUUGAAGGACUCCAUAUACGUGCUGGUGAGACACCGAGUCCCUGCUUGGUGCUUAUUGGGGUGUACGUCAUCUUUGGAUCGGUUUUAUGGAUGAACAUGUGCAUGUGAGGAUCGAAGGAGGUCGCCAUUUUCAAUUUAUAAGCGUCACGCUUUCUUUUCAUCGCGUAUCGGAAGUGUUACGCUUUCAUGCUGUCAUAAGAUUGAAGGACACGUUGAACCAUUUUAGAUUGAACCGAAACAAGGAGCCUAUGCUUGUUACGUAGCACCAGCCUGGGGUUCAUGAAGGGAUAGUACUUUUUAGUAGGUAUUUUUUUCCUAUUUCGGAGUCACUAAAACUAAAAGAAGCAGUAGAAUCACUUCUGAAAAGUACGAUCCCUACAUUUUAGAUUGGACGUGCUGUGUGGUUGAUAAAAGUCACAUUCGUCGCUAGUCGGGCUGUGGCCGACUUCCAUAGGUACCCUGGAAGGGCGAAGGUUGUGGAACGGGCUGCUCGUGUUAGGUUAUGUAGGGUUGCACAGGUCCAACGCCUCUUGAGCUGCCGGUACAUCCAAGGGAGGCAGAAAAGCCGGGACUCGGUUUGGCUUAUGUGGUGUCAGCUAAUACGCUGUUGAAUCUCGUGGCAAAUGUUUAAACAUGAAUAAAUAGACGGAGUUUUUGAAA